UCCCAUCUAUUCACAUUAGUAAUCUAUGAUAUAGCCUUUGUUUGAUGCCUAAUUUCUUUUCGUCCUUUUUUAUUUUAAUUAAGCAGUCCAGUUUCCUUGAACCGAAGAACAAAUACGUUGGAGGCAUCUAAAAGAACAAGAGAAGUCAGUAGAAAAUUUGACUAACCUUAAAAUAUUUUUUUUAAAAAUUCAAAAAAACCUAAGAAAAAACACGAUUAGCGGUUGUGAUUGUGAAAUUUUUCAAAUAACUAAAAUGGCGAUGAAUAAAUAUAUGCAUCCAAGAAACAUUUAUAAAUCCCCUCCAAACUUCAAACAACUAGCCUUAGAUUAUCCAGAAUUUAGAGAAUUUAUUACACACGACGUUACUGGUAAAGUAUCUUUAGAUUUCAAAAACAUAAAAGCAUUGCGAGGUUUGUCAUGUAUUUUAUUGAAGAAAGAUUUUGGACUCGAUAUAGAGAUACCGCUGAGCAAACUGAUCCCAACAAUUCCUUUAAGAUUAAAUUAUAUUUUGUGGUUGGAAGAUCUUUUGUCGCUAUCAAAUAAAACUGAUAAAUUGAAAGGAAUAGAUAUAGGUACAGGUGCUUCUUGUGUUUAUCCUCUACUUGCAGCUAAGAAAAAUCAAUGGUACAUGGUUGCUUCUGAAGUUGAUGAUGAAAGUAUAAGAUAUGCUAAAAAUAAUAUAGACAAAAAUUGUUUGCAAGAUUUCAUUAAAGUUAUAAAAGUUGAAGAAAAUGUGUUGUUAAAAGAAUUGUUGAAAGGUGAAGAAUAUGACUUUUGUAUGUGUAAUCCACCAUUUUUUGGCAGUGCUCAAGAAUUACAAUCAAAUUCCAAUACAAGAAGCUUAAACAGGCCAAGACCUAAAAACUCAUUUUGUGCUACAGUCACUGAAGUUGUAGUAAAAGGUGGUGAAGUAGAUUUUUUAAGUAAACUUAUUAAAGAGAGUAAAGAAUUAGAAACUCAAAUUAAAAUAUAUACAACUAUGGUUGGUCAUAAGAAACAUUUGCCACAGUUGAAGAAACUAUUGAGAGAAGUUGAAGUUUCUAGUUUUAAAGAAACUGAAUUUUGUCAGGGCAAUACUACAAGAUGGGGGCUAGCUUGGACAUUCUGCUCCAAUUUUGAUUUAAGAAACUGUCCAGAUCCAAUAAAACAAAUAGCAAAACAAAGCAAAAGAAAAGAACCCUUAUCUCACCUUCUAUCACUUAAAAAUAUAAAUGAAUUUUCAUUAAACAACAUUAGAGAUUGUGUAAUAAAAUUAUAUAAUGAUCUAAACAUGGCUGUAGAAGAAGUUUCUAGAAAAAAAGAUGUUAUUAGAUAUUUUGUUAGUGCUUAUUCUAAUACCUGGUCAAAUCAAAGGCGAAAAAGAAGAGAAAAACUUAGACGAAGCAUAGAUAGUUUUGAUUCUGUAGGAGAAAAUAAUAAUUUAUCAUUUGAAAAAGAAUCUACAAUAGACUCUGAAGCGAAAUCUCCUGGAAAAAGAAGUCAUGAAGAAUUUGUAGAAGGAAUACUUGUUAAAAAGUUGAAAAUAUCAAAUGGUACUGAGCAAGAAGUGUUUUUUAAAUUUGUUACCAGUUUAAAACUUGUCGAAAGUGGUGUGGCUUUAGAAUUGGAUUGUUUAAGUGAUAAUAGUAAUAGAGAUAAUUUGUAUCAAAUAUUACAGUACAUAAAAAAUAAUUUAAAAAUAGUGCCAAACCCUUUUGACUGAUGAUUUUUUUAUUAACAAAAAGUAUUUUUAGGCUAGACAUUAUACACAUUUUCCUAUUAGGAAUAUAAAUUUAAUUUCUUUUAUAUAGAAUGUAAUGUUUUUAUUUCUGUAAAUUGGGUUAUAUAAUUAUUAAACAGGGUGUCCCAAUGAAAAGUAGCCCAUUUCCAGAGCUUAUAACUUUUAAACGCCAAUCAUAGAAACGUGCGGUUCUCGCUGAUAUGUGUUAUUUUGCUAUAAGUUUUGGUUUAGUGAUACAGAAAUUAUGUAUUACUACAGGGUGUUUUUAAAAAUAUCUUAAAUUCACUCUAAUCAAAUUU